AGGUGAAGGAGAGAGAGAGACCAGAGCAACGCUUGAUUGGGGCUUUUAUGCUCAGGGCGCACCAGCAUCAGGUGCUCUGCAUCACGCAUCUUCUCCCUUGAUACCUUCAAGGACACAGGGAAGGAAUACAUGGCAAAUCCACACUGGCAUCUCAGUAGUGAGGCUGUCACACUAUACCACCCCCCCGGAGAUAUGACGCGUUGAUGGCGCGUGACCCAGCCUCCUUUUAACAGAACUUCAUGGUGACUUCUGCUUUCGUUUUCUCAAAAGCCAGCAGAAGGCAGGAAGGAAGGGUGUGAACGCACUGCUGAAGGGUGGCGAGCUAAACAAGAACCGUCGUUUCUUACUGACUAUUAAGAUUGAUAUCCUCCCCGUGGUGUAUUGAUCCGUGGACAUGAUGGGGAAACUGACCGGGUUGUGUGUGCUGUUGUUGGUGCUGAACGUCGCUGUAACCGAGGAUACUGUAACACCGGUGUACUUCACGGAUGGUGGAGAUCUAACGUUAAAAGUGAGGCCUGCUUUUCCGGGACACAUCAACAACAUCUUGUGGAAGUUCAACGGUAAUCUGCUGGCCGAGUGGGUGGAGUAUCUGGUUCUGGUUCUUCGUUAUGAACCCAGAAUUAAAAGACGAACAGCCCUCACCAUAGAGACUGGACAGCUGAUCAUCAACAACAUGAGGAAAGACGACGAGGGUGUGUAUUCAGUGCUGAUCAACGACAGAGUCCAGAGUGAGAGAUAUAAUGCAACACUGAUCGAGAAGGUCCAGAAGCCCAAAGUAUGGUUGAGACCAUUGAUUUGUGGAGCUGAUUUUGAGAGUUGUGGGUUCUCCUGUGAUUCAGACACCACCGAGGCUGAACCCAUCACCUACAGCUGGAAGAAGGGUGAUGGAGAGUGGGAGGUGUCUGGGAAGGACAUCACCAUCACCAGCACGGAUGACUCAGGUAUGAAGACCUUCACCUGCAGGAUGGAGAACCCAGUCAGCCGGGAAGAAAGUGACCCAGAACACAACCCGCUCUACAAGGAGCCUUACAGUGCAAAUUGUGGAAUUUUUUUUGCUGGUUUGCUCGUCUUAUCUGGGGUCGGGGCUGGUGUGAUUGUGGCAUGGGAAAAUAUGAAGGGCUCCUUGAAGAAUCGAGGCAACAACAUCACUGAUCCUGCACAUGGAAAUGAACAGCCUACUUCUCCUAUAUAUGAGACCAUACCACUUCAGGAUAACCCCUAAGACACAAAGUCAGACGCCAAAGAAACUGCAUGAAGUUGAGGAGCUCAAAAGGUCCUCAGACUUCUAUUUCUGCAUACAUGACAUGUACAAACAUGUUCAUUUUUUUUGUAUUUUUUAGCAGUCAGCUGUGUGCAUCAUCGACGGUUACUUGCAGCAGAGGGAUUUUCUUGACAACAAAGUUGUUUUUUAGAACAGCAUGAAAACAUGAUUGUAUUUUAUUGUUUUUUUUUAAAUAGCCACCUGUGUGUUUAUAUAUGUAUGUA